AUGGAUCUAGUCCUCAAGAGGUCCUGGAUUGGGGUGCUGGUCUUCUUCUGUGUUGCAAUGGUCCCUUCGGAAUCGGGAGAUUCCUGUAUUGCCAAAACGAAAUUGAAGCCAGAAACACUGAUGCGUAUGGUCCAGGUCACCAUGAUUAAAGGGAACAUUUUGAAGAUCAUGGUGGAGAAAGCCAUGAAGAACGGGGACAACCACAAGAUGAUCAAAGGCAUCAAAGGGUUGACAAUUCAGCACAUCUCUAUUCCAAAAACUGCCUUGAUCUUCAAGCCCGAUGACAAAGCAAUCAUAGUUGUGGCUAUAAACAUCACAGUUGCCGGGAAAAGUUUUAUUGGUGGAAAUAUGGCGAUCAAUGUGGUUGGUGAACUCGAAAUAGAUGUCCAUGUUUCAAAAUCUCCCGAUGGCAAAGUGAUUAUUAAGAUACUUGGGUGCAAAGUGACAGUGAAAUCCUGUAAAACCAACCUUCCCAGCAGCAUGCUUCCAAAGAUAGUGAAUAAGUUUUUGGAUUCUACGCUUGGGAAAGUCAUGCCUGGUGUGUUGUGCCCAGCAGCUGACAUGUUGAUGGACAAGCAAAUGGAAGCAUUUGAGGCAAUGAUGGGAAAGAAACCGUUAGGGACUAUUGGAUAUAUUGUGUACGAAGUGUCCGAGAAACCAUUGGUCGAGACAACUUGCAUCAACAUUAAUGUCAGGAUUACAAUAGAAAAGAAAAAUGGAGAAGCAGUCCAGUCCGAAUGUGAUCCACUCCCUGACAACCUGCCACCAACCAAAGAAAAAAUGUCAGCGAUCUACCUGUCUGCAGGGGCCCUCAAUGCAGUCAUGAUCUUGGUCCAGCCCCAUCUCAACAUCGUUCUGACCAAAGUUAAGGGUUCCAUUCCAACCUCAGACCAGCUCAAAAAAAUAUUGCCGAAAGCCGGUCUGCCUGCUGGGAAAAAGCUGAAAGUCCAGAUAACUCACCAGGAAAACCCCAAGGUCACCGUUUCGUCUUCUGCCAGCUACAUAACCACCGAGAUCGAAGCUUCCUUCUUGGAUGUUAAACGUGGGAAUCAGAUCCUCUCCAUUACGAUGAAGCACCAAUGCAGCACCACCUUUGCCAUCAAACAGGAACACCUGUCCAUCUCCCUGAAAGCAGGAUCUUGCAAGACAUUGGAGGUCUCUUCCCCUGCUGGAGACGUAACAGGAGCAAUGAAAUACAUGGAAACUGUCAUGGAUAGUUGGAUAUCACAUGGCAAUGGUGUCCUGAACAAGAAUCAGAUUCCCCUUCCAAGCAUCAUGAAUGUGACAAGCACCACAAAUGACCCCGAACUGAAUUUUGUGGAUCCUUUGAUGGCAGGAUGCCAGCAAGGCACCAAGCGAAAGAUGGCAGACCUGACAGAUUGCUGCUCAGAUGGUGCAAUGCCAUUGCCUUCCCACCCCAAGCCAUAA